UGUCGCUGUUGAGCUGAACCACGGCAGUGACCCGGAAGUGAUUCCGCCACAGGUUCUUGUUGUUUCAUAGAUUGUAAAGAUGGCGUCGGAAGGAGAAGCGGGCAGCGCUGCUAACACCGAACCAGACACCGGGGACGGGGAUGCUGCAUUUGGGGAGCUACCCACCAGCAUGGAUACUGAGUCAUCAAACGGCAAAGAGGGAAUGGAAACAGCCGGCGAAGGCUCUGAGGCUGCUGAUGCUCUGACUGGAUCUGGAGAUGAGGAGACUGGGAGGCAGCUGGGAGAGGUGGAGCUGCAGUGUGCCUUGUGUAUGAAGUGGUUCACUGCAGACACCUUUGGCAUUGACACUGCGACCUGCCUUCCCUUCAUGACUAAUUACGUGUUUCACUGCAACGUGUGCCAUCACAGCGGCAACACAUACUUCCUCAGGAAACAAGCAAACCUGAAGGAGAUGUGUCUCACAGCGCUGGCUAACCUGACAUGGCGGUCCAGAACGCAAGACGAGCACCCAAAGACGAUGUUCUCCAAAGACAAGGAUAUCAUACCAUUCAUUGACAAGUACUGGGAGUGCAUGACAACUCGUCAGAGACCGGGGAAGCUCACCUGGCCCAACAACAUAGUGAAGACAAUGAGUAAAGAGCGAGAUGUGUUCCUGGUGAAGGAACACCCUGACCCCGGCAGUAAAGACCCAGAGGAGGAGUACCCCAAAUUUGGCCUGUUGGACCAGGACCUGGGAAACAUUGGACCCUCGUAUGACACACAGAAACAGACCACUGCUGCUCCCACUGCUGGUGGACUGAACGGUGGAUCUUCUUUCUCAGGUGCUUUGGCCCCUGGCCCCGGGAAAGGAAGAGGAGCCAAACGUAAACAACAGCAGCAACAGGAGGGAACCGCUGCCGGAGCCACGAAGAGAACCAGAAGCGACCCUCUGUUCUCGGCCCAGCGCCUUCCUCCUCACGGUUACCCUCUAGAGCACCCCUUUAAUAAAGACGGGUACCGUUACAUCCUGGCAGAACCGGAUCCUCACGCUCCAGACCCGGAGAAGCUGGAGCUGGACUGCUGGGCCGGCAAACCAAUACCCGGAGAUCUGUACAGGGCCUGUCUGUACGAGAGGGUGCUGCUGGCUUUACACGACCGAGCGCCUCAGCUGAAGAUCUCUGACGACCGUCUGACGGUGACCGGGGAGAAGGGCUACUCCAUGGUGCGAGCCUCCCACGGCAUCCGGAAGGGCUCCUGGUACUUCGAGGUGACCGUUGAGGAGAUGCCUCCAGAGACGGCCGCCCGGCUCGGCUGGUCUCAACCACUCGGUAACCUGCAGGCGCCGCUGGGUUACGACAAGUUCAGCUACUCGUGGCGCAGCAAGAAGGGCACGCGGUUUCACCAGUCGAUAGGAAAGCAUUACUCCUCCAGCUACGGUCAGGGGGACACGCUGGGCUUCUUCAUAGAGCUGCCCGACGGCACGGAGACGUCCAAGGCUCUGCCGGACACGUACAAGGACAAGGCGCUAAUUAAGUUCAAGAGCUACCUGUACUUUGAGGAAAAGGACUAUGUCGACAAAGCAGAGAAAAGCCUGAAGUCCAUGAGCUCCAGCAGGAUGAUUUUCUAUAAAAAUGGAGUGAACCAAGGUGUCGCCUUUGAAAACCUGUUUGAAGGCAUGUACUUCCCCGCCAUCUCACUCUACAAGAGCUGCACGGUAUCGGUUAACUUUGGGCCACAUUUCAAACACCCUCCGAAGGACGUUAAGUUCCAGCCGAUGAGCGACAUGGGCUGGGGAGCUGUGCUCGAACACACUCUGGCCGACAUGCUGUACCACGUGGAGACGGACGUGGACGGACGACGCAGCCCCCCGUGGGAAGGAUGAACACGGCUGGAAUUCAGUACGCGCACACUCCCCCUCAGUCGAAACACAGUCGCACCGACAGCCAGUAAAAUAAAAGCACCACACGCUGCAGUAAAAAGAAGUUGUGGCUGAUUCCCACUCAGACAGGAAGUUAAUAAAUAUGCUCUUAAACUGAUUACACCAAGCUAUUAACUGAUGGCUGCUUGUCAUCAUUUGUUAACGACAUUCCACUCUGAACAUUUGGCGACUAAAUCAACUUAUUUUUUGGUGCUGUAAGACCUGUAUAUUUUGAGGUUUUGCUGUGGAGAGAUUUCACUGGGCAUCAUGUUGAAACCUCUGAUGCUCUGCAUGUUGUUGCAGCCGAUCAGACUCUUUAACAUGUCACACAUCAUCUGUAGACUUUAGUGCAUUCAGUCUUUUUGCUAUUUUUAUUUGUUUUACAAUGUGUGUCAGUUAUUAUUACUGUUUUAUACUCUGGGUUAAAUAAAGAAUAAAAAUGCUACAUGGACAAA